AUGGUGAAACGAGCCGUGCUUGUCGCAUGCAACUACCCAUGCAAAGCGUACGGGUUAGCUGGAUGUGUCAAUGAUGCAUUCGCCAUCGCCGAACAACUGGAAGCAAAAGGUUUUGAGAGAGAGAACGUGCUCAUCCUGCACGAUACUCUUCCAGGCAGGCGGCGUGAGCCGCAGCGAGAUCAAUCGCUUCGCCCUACUCGUGUGAACAUUUUGCAAUCCCUGCAAUCGAUGAUCAGGAAGACGAGAAGUGGCGACGUGUGCUUCUUCAGCUUUUCUGGGUAUGGAACGCAGGUUUGCCUUGACCACCAUGACCCAGAAGGCCUCGAUGAGGCAAUUUUGCCGACCGAUUUCCAAGAGGGGCCAGACAGUGGAACUUGUGUCGUGACAUGUGCUGAGCUGCACGACAUUCUCGGCAGCGCGCCGGCCGGUAGUGCUGUGACCCUUCUAAUGGACUGUGACCACGCCACGAGUGUGGUCGACAUAUCAGGAACAACAUCCGGCGAGCUUAUUGAGGGAGUUCAGGUCAAGAACUUGUGCGGAUUGGUAGGGCACUCUGAAAAGCUGGCAAAGGCCGAGCACUGCCGUGCUGUGUGGAUGGAUGACUCUGCUCGAGCUGUCAAAGCAAGGCCUCGUUUCCAGGCAGUAACGCAGGUCUGUGACCAUCAGAGCUUUUUUCCCACAAGACAUGCCAUGGGCCGAUCCACUCCCACUGCUUUCUGCAUAUCGGCCGCAGGACAUGGGCAGACAGCCUUAGAAAUUCAAGUGGCAACGCAGCCGGACUCGUGGACUACAAUGCAGCAUGGAAUCCUUUCCUGGUGUUUUGUGCAAGCCCUCAAAGAGUUGAAGAGCUGCGACUAUCUUCAACUGGAAAAGGCCAUGUCUAUGCACAUGGCUUCCCUGAAAAGGAGCCUUCCAACGAUGGACCAGACGACCCUGCUCACCUUUGCGCCUCCGCGAUCGGACCCUCGCACGCAGGUGCUGGAGCCUCCGCCGCAGAUCGCAGCCGCAGUCCGACACAAGCUCAUAUUUUCAGGGACUUGCAAGCAUAUCGCUCAGCCUCCCCAACCCGCCAACACGGAAUGCUUUCCUGGCUCGACCCCUGCCAGCGAUCGGCAGCCACCCUCGUCCGCAAAGGAGCAGCCGUACGCAGCGUCGCAGCCGCGGAAGAAGCGCUGCUACGUUUCAAGACGGAAGAAGCGUUCCUCGUGUUGUGACGCGGGGCUCUUCUCCUGGGAGUCCCCUCAGCCAGAGUCUCAGCCCGGCCAGGGCGGCUCAUGGUGGGGCAGCCUCAUGGCUUGGCUCAGCCCCGCGCAGAUGGCAGCAGCAGACGCAAGCAUACCCGCAUGCAGGCCAGACGCAUCUCCCAAGAAGGCGUUGAAGGCAUCUUCACGAUCCGACGUGCUUCCAUCAUCGCACAAAGUCCACCCGGCAGUGCAGGUGAGCGAGCCUGUGAUGUGUCCACAAGUGAGGGCAUACUACCAGCUGCCAAUUCGAGAGCCCCCGCAAGUCGAGUACCCGACGUUGCUUCUGCGCCGAUUGCGCCCUGUCCAAGACACUUUGGGCCACGCUGAGCUUCGAGCCCGGGCUGCUUUACCAUGCGCAGGGGAGGACUUCUCACACUUCGCCGUCGAUCGCCUGCGUGGAUCCUAA